UCCGAUCCACGCUGGGAGAAAUUUCACCAGGUGGAACGUGACAGAACGAUCAAACAAAGUAUUUUGUACUUUAUCGGAGUGAUUCAAAAUGAAAAUAAUGCAGCUAUGGUUUCAACAGGUCUACCUCCUAUUACUAACUAUGACAUUCUACGUCCCUGGAUGUUUGGCAGGAAUUUCAUUAUUUUCAGAUAACUCUACCUUAGCUGCAGCGUACAAAGUAAUUGAAAACGCAAUAGAAAGUGUGGAUCUCUCAGAUAUCGUCGAAAACUUGUUGAACAAAGCUGCAAAUCCGGAUCAAUUCCUAUCUGCGCCAGAAUUGAUCGUCAAAUAUGGCUAUCCAGCGGAGAACCACACAGUGACCACUACAGACGGCUACAUCCUCACUUUACAUCGCAUUCCCUACAGCCCCAAGUCUCCAGCUGCACCCAACAAGCCAGUUGUAUUCCUGCAACACGGUAUUUUAUCAAGUUCGGCUGACUGGAUCAUACUUGGACCUGAAAAUUCUCUCGGAUAUCUGCUAGCUGACGCUGGCUACGACGUGUGGCUGGGAAAUGCGAGAGGCAACACAUACUCCAAGCGACAUGUUAGCCUUUCUCCAUCAGAUUCCAAAUUCUGGGAUUUCAGUUGGCACGAAAUGGGUAUAUACGACUUGCCUGCAGUCAUUGACUACGUGUUAGAUCAAACUGGUCAAGACAAUCUGUACUAUAUUGGUCACUCCAUGGGAACCACAAUGUUCUAUGUACUGACGUCUUCCUUGCCUCAAUACAAUGCCAAGAUUAGGCUAAUGACAAGUCUAGCCCCUAUAGCCUACAUGGGAUUUGUGAAGAGUCCGCUAUCAAAAUUCUUUGGGGCCAAUCCAUUAACAAAGCCAUUGGCGAGCAUGCUUGGUAUAAAUCAGUUUCUACCAAGUAACGACCUUACAAGUGCCUUUUUGGGUUACAUCUGUUCCGAUGGCUCAAUUAUACAACAAAUUUGCAGUACAGUGUUGUUCGCUCUGUGUGGGUACGAUCCUCAGGAGCUGAACUCAACAAUGUUGCCUGUAUUAAUGUCCCACGCCCCUGCUGGAUCAUCGGCGAAAUCAUUUUUACAUUAUGCCCAAGAUAUGAAUUCAGGAUCUUUCCGACAUUGGGACUAUGGUUUUAUAGUAAAUUUGUUCCAUUAUGGUCAACUGUCACCGCCUGAAUACAAUGUCUCAGCCAUUACAGUUCCGGUUCGACUAUUUUACAGCGACAAUGACUGGUUCGGUGAUCCGACGGAUGUUCAUAAACUGAAUCAAAGUUUGGGUAAGCCUGUGGGAGAGUAUCGAGUCCCAUUAGACUCAUUUAAUCAUCUCGACUUCCUGUGGGCCAUUCACGUGAAGAGUUUAGUCAAUGACGAAGUUAUUAAUUUCUUGGCGAACUACUAAAAGCAAAUACAAACCAACAUAUACAGGGUGUUCGAUUCUGAUGACCAUCUACCGGAAAGCGGCUACACUGAACUGAACCCAGCUACAACACCCAAUACGUAAAAAAAGUAAUGAAGAAAUUUUGGAUGUCAAUUCUUUUCGUUGAAUACAAUAGUAAUUGUGAUAUGUAUUAUCUUCUGUUUAACUAACUUCAAUAUUUAUGAGAUGGUAAAGUUGCGUCAUAUUGUGAUAUAAUAAAUAUAUAUUAUUUAAA